CAAUAAUCUUUAAGUUGUUCGCUUGCAGAUUGCAAACGCUUUUCUUGAUGAGGAGAUUAAAAACAUCAACAACUCAUUCGUUGACACGGAGAUCAACGUUAUAAGCGACAGUGCUGAUGCCGGGACAGUAAUUACCCUUUCCUACAUGGCCGUGGCCGUUGCUCCUGACCUCAAAGCCUUAUUUGCAAGAUCAGAAAAGCCUCCUAUCAGCGCUGCAAAACUACUUGUCCCCGCGGAUUACCCAAGGAGUUCUCCUGUGCUUGUUGAGGAUGACGAAGAUGGGCAGGAGAGGAAUGAGUUCAAGGCCAUGUCAAACUCGGUCCACAAGCAGUUCAAGCUUGCCCUAGCUGAGCAUAGGUCCAUCAAUGAUAUUGCAAGGGAAUGGGAUUCCUGUGUGCGUGCAGCUGUGCUGAAGUUAGCGAAAUAUUUUGGCGGAGGUACCUUCACCUCAAGGUAUGGCAAAUGGGAAAGCGUCUCGUCACUUGAAGCGAAUGGUGCAGCGGCUAAAGGGGAGGAUCAUGCAUGUGAUAGAGCUGAAACAACAAUCUCCAAGAAAUCCACAGGAAAAUCAGAGAUAACACCAGCAGAUGGCCAUUCUAAUACCAGAGGUCACGCCUGCUCCACUCCAGCUCCCUUCCCUCCGCUCCAGCCUCAAGCUCACAGAACCACUGCUCUGAGCACUCACAGUUUUAAGCAAUGGUACCUAUCUUCAAUACAAGGUGAUUUAGCUGAGGAAUUACAGAAGAUGGAGGUGAUCUAUAAUGUGAUCAUGGAGAGGCAGUCGACGAAUGGGAGGGAUGAUCUGAGUGAUCUGUGGCAACGCAUCAAUGAAGGUGUUAAGAAGUGCGAAGGUAUCCGCUUAGAAAUUCAUGCCUUGGGAGGGUCCUGGGAUCAGGAGAUCGACCCGAAAUUCAUCUGGUGAUCUCACUAGUAGUUGAACGAUGUUGGAACACGAGGAUGUACUUGGACUUGGUAGAGCCCACGACAUCGGGUUUUUUCUUCGUACAGAGUUGAAUUCACACGAUGAGGUGUUGUGCUUCUGCAACAAUCUGAAACUGUGGCUAUGCAACAUAUUGAAAUUCGCAUACGAGUGAAGACAUUGUUCAGUCGGCAGUGUAUAUUCAGGAUAGGGCUCCUAGCAAAUGGUUGUUCGUGUAUUCAUUUUCUUCUGCUUUCAGCAGAACAUGUUGAAUGUUGAUGUCAAAAUUCAAUCAAGAUGUUGAAAUACUGG